AUGGCGAUCUCGGUCAAAGAGCAAAAGCUUCUUUCUACUUUUCCGCGUCCUCCAUCGAGCGCAUCCGCAGUAUCCCCUCCGAGAGCUUCGGCGCAGGCUUCCGAUUCAGUCUACCGCGCUUCCGACUUUGGCUUCAUACAAGUUGGACUGUGUCCAGAAGAUGAUAAUCGCUCGCUCUACGAUGACCCCAUCGCGGAGACUCAUAGCAAUGCCUCUCAAGCUCCCAUACCCGUGUCGCUUCCGUCCUCCCAUACCGCAGAGUUGCAACUUGUCCUUGACAAUCCAUCUCGAGCCUAUUCCCCUGGAGAAAGUAUAACGGGCUAUAUCUUAGGCUGGACUCCCUCUUCAAACACACAUAUCCAUCUCAUCCUCGAAGGACGCGCAACAACGUACAUCCGCGGCGACAAAACCGAGCACAAAAACCACGCACCGCUGCUCUAUCAAAUCCUGCACUUCAAGCCCGAAACUCACAACGCAAUCCCGCGGUUCUGCAUCACGAUUCCCGAGCGCUCCACCAGCGGCUUCGAUGAGACCCUGAACAGCCUCUCCUCAGACCACCCUACGCAUACUCCGUUCUGGACACAUACCUGGCCAGCCCAAGAACCAUAUGAAUCCAGCGCAGCGCACCCCCUCCCCCCAUCCAUGACUCUCCCCCUCCGCACCUCCACCACCCUCACAUCCCUCGCCUCAGGCCGCGCCUCCAUAUCCUACUCCCUCAUCGCCGUGCGCUCCACGCCCUCCCCAUCCCCAUCCCCAUCCCCCAACACCCUCAUCCCAAACGCCACGCACGCCUUCCCCAUCCACCUCACUACCCUGCGCCUCCCCCCUCCCCGCCUGCAAUCCCUGACCUCCCCCUCCAACACAACAACAACCCGCCACAACCUCUCCGUGCAAACCGCCGCCCUCACCAAAGAACGCCGGCUCUCCCUGCGCGAGCAACUCCGCGACGCCUUCAACCCCUCCGCCCCAAGCUUCUACUUCGCCGCGCAGAUCCGCAGCCCCAAGCUCGCCACCCCAGGCUCCGACCUCCACCUCCCGAUUACUCUCUCCGUGCUCCCGCCCCCGCUGGGCAAACUGUACAACUUCGCAGUCCCGGAUAUCUGCAUCGCGUCGCUGGACGCGCGGGUCAAAUCGUUCACGGGUCUGCGGGUUCUGCAUCCAAGUCCAAAUCCAAGUCCAAAUCCAAGUCCAAUAUCAAACCACGCCCUCGGGGCACAGGCGAAAUCCCACUCGCACACCUUCAAAUCCACCGCUCUCCGCAGCACCACGCUCCCGUCCUCCCGAACAUUCAUACCCAUCGACGGUGACUUCUCCUCGCAAAGCAUCACCCUGACUCUCACGCUCCCAGCAACCAUGCUCCCGAGUUUUGCAACGUACAACAUCUGGCGCAGCUACAGACUAGAAUGCGAGGUCCGUUUCGCCGUCGCGGGGAAAGAAGUCGCGGCGCACACGCAGAGCGAUUUGAAUAUUGUUGCGCGGGGGGCUGGGAGUGUGGAGACUAGGGGUGGGAUGGUAAGGGAUGGGAUGGAGAGGGUGGAUGAUGCGGAGAGUCUGGAGGUGGCGAGGAAGGUGGUGGGGAUGGUGGGGGUUAUGUGA